GCCCGACUUCCUACUUCCGAGGCUAUUUAAGAGCUGCUUCUGGCGCCGGUGCCCGGCACUUUCUCUCCCCCCCCCUUCCCGUAGUGGAUCCUGUUGCUGUGACCCGCGAUGAGCGUCCCAGGGUUGAGCCUGAAAAAAACGGCAGCUUUUGCCCAAGCGUUGAAAGCUGAGCCCCGGUACUUGUUGGCCCAGAAUGUUGCCACCUGCAUAGACCCACUGGAGGUGUGCCUGGGGCGGGCAGUGGUGCAAGACACACAGCAGGUUUUCCAGCAUGCCAUACCUGCUGAAGGCAAGCCUGUCACCAAUCAGAAGAACUCGGGGCGCUGCUGGAUCUUCUCCUGCCUGAACGUGAUGCGCCUUCCUUUCAUGAAGAAGUUCAACAUUGAGGAAUUUGAGUUCAGCCAGUCGUACCUCUUCUUCUGGGACAAGAUUGAGCGCUGUUAUUACUUCUUGCAUGCGCUUGUGGAAACAGCUCAGAAGAAGGAGCCCGUUGAGGGGAGGCUGGUGCAGUUCCUGCUUUCCAAUCCCUGCAAUGAUGGCGGACAGUGGGACAUGCUCGUGAACCUUAUUGAAAAAUAUGGCGUUGUUCCCAAGAAGCUUUUCCCUGAAUCACACACAACCGAGGCCUCCAGACGGAUGAAUGACAUUCUGAACCACAAGAUGCGAGAGUAUUGCCUCCGACUGCGAAAUAUGGUAGAGACUGGAGGCAGCAAGGACGAGUUGUCUGCAGCAAUGGACACCAUGAUAGAGGAGGUGUUCAGAAUAGCGACCAUCUGCCUGGGAAGCCCUCCGGACACGUUCUGCUGGGAGUUCUAUGAUAAGGAGAAGGGCUACCACAAGAUCGGGCCGGUCUCGCCCUUGCAGUUCUACAAUGAGCACGUCAAGCCAGUCUUUGACAUGGAGAGCAAGGUUUGCCUGGUCAAUGACCCUCGACCCCAGAACCAAUACAACCAGCUGUACACAGUGGAGUACCUGGGUAACAUGGUUGGUGGGAGGAAGACCCUUUACAACAACCAGCCCAUUGAGCUCCUGAAGAAAAUGGCAGCGGCUUCCAUUCGAGACGGAGAGGCAGUGUGGUUCGGCUGCGAUGUUGGGAAGUACUUCAACGGCAAGCUGGGCAUCAAUGACAUGAAUAUAUUUAAUUACAAGCUGGUGUUCGGGGUGUCUCUCAAGAACUUGAACAAAGGCGAGCGGCUGAUCUUUGGGGAUUCCUUGAUGACCCAUGCCAUGGUCAUCACUGCCUUCAGUGAGAAGGAAGACCAGGAGGAUUGCUUUGAGAAAUGGCGCGUGGAGAACUCAUGGGGUGAAGACCGUGGGAAUAAAGGUUACCUUAUCAUGACUGACGACUGGUUCUCUGAGUAUGUCUACGAAUUGGUGGUGGACAAGAAGUAUGUGCCAGAGGACGUCUUGGCCGUGAUGCACCAGGAGCCGGUCAUGCUGCCUGCAUGGGACCCCAUGGGGGCUCUUGCCAAGUGAACUGUUAUAUGUGUGUGUGUGACCGGAGGGGGGGUGAAGGGCUCGCUGCUGCCUCCUUCUGGUCAACCUGGAAGCGAAGAUGGGAGUAUCUGGAGAGCCCAGAGCCAAAGCCAAGCAGCCCUGUGGCCAAACUCCCACUUGAGGUGCCAGUGUUGAAAAGUGGUAUGUUGCAGAUCUUCAGAGAAAAUAGUGCUUUUCUGUGGACGGGUCUACUCUGCAACCUUGCGUUGAUACGUGCUUUUCAUUGUAGUAUGAUCCUCCUUGCGUUUUUUAAAUUCUUUUAAAUUCUUUUAUUAAUGUACUCAUUUUAAAACGUCAGCAGUGAUUCUUUCAAGCAAACCUUGUGUAGAAAAGAUAGGCCGAGGACGGUGGUGAGAUGAGCACUUGUGGGGGGUGGGAUUGUGUACCACAACGACCACCCAACAGAGAUGAAUUGCUUGUCAGUUGCGGUUUUGAGCUGCUUGGCUGUUUGCUUGUCAAGCAAAGGAUACCAUCUCAAAGAGCAAUGUUUCCUGUCCGUGAUCUUCCAUCUGUCUGUCUUUUCCAACUGAGAUGUGAAUUCAACAGCCUUUAGCCUUGAAACACCGGAAACUUGAAUAAAAGCCUAUGAGAUCUUCUUUUCCCCAGCCCACCAAUCCCAAUGAGGUUCAGCAGAACCAACAAAUGGCUGCAAAGGCUGAGUUCGAGAGCACCCAGUUCCUGAGUGAAAUGGGUUUUUUCUUUAAAAAAUUUUUUGCUGUGUUUUAUUUGAAUACUGUCUCUACAACUACCUGGUGCUAUGAAGCGUGUGAAUAAAAACACCUGGAUGAAUGAC